GCUUUCUCUGGAGCUCAGAUUUCCAGCAGCUGAGGAGAAUUUGCACAGAUUCAGUGGUGAAAGAGAGAUUCUCAGGAGCAAAACAGUGGAGCAUCAGGAGAGAAGGAUCAACAGAGUAGUAACGAAGUUAAAGAAGAGAAGAGUUCUCCCGAAGGUUGAAGAGACGGCGUUAAGGUCAUCAUGUCCAGCUCCACAGCACUGCUCUCCUUCGUCCUUCUGAGUCUUCUGCCUUCCACAGUCCAGUAGGUGGCGGUAAUGCACCUUAAGUUGGUUUUCCAACCGCCUUUUAAACAGAAAGAAGAAGAACAGGAGACGGAGAAGCAGGAAGAAAAAGAAAAAGUUAGCAUUAAUGCUAAAAACAAACAAAAACAAAAAACUGAAGUCAUCCUACAGCGUGUCAUGAGGAUUUUUACGCAGCACCCUGCUCUCAUCAGACGGAACCCCGGCUAGGAAACACUGGUUUAAACGAUGGUGAAGGAUAUUUGCUGUGUGCUCCAUGGGGGAAACUUGAGAAAAGCCCAUUGGAGGAGAUGAUGAAAAUGUUCACACGCUCCUCCAGACACUCUCGGGGCAUCAUGACCUCCUGUUAUUCCAUCUGCAUCGUCUUGGGUAUCGUGUGUGUGAACCCCCUCUCUGCAGUAUCUGAGUUCACUGUAUCUGGACAAGUGGGGUCUACAGCUGUCCUGCCGUGUAAACUGCAGACUGAAGUCAAUGGACCACCGUAUAUUAAGUGGAGCAUCGAAUCUGAGACUGUGUUUGAGAGAGUCGGUGAGGAGACCUAUCAGGGUAAGGGAUAUGAGGGGCGUGUGGACGUUCCUGAGGAAGAGCUGCGUAAGGGGAACUGUUCCUUGGUGUUGCGCAAUCUGACACCUACUGAUGCAGCUCUCUACUGGAGCGCCAAGAUAGUGAGUCGCACCAAGGGAUCUGUUGAGACAGAAACAGUAGAGAUCAGCCGUGUUCAUCUCUCAGUCGAAGACCCCCUCUCUGCAGUAUCUGAGUUCACUGUAUCUGGACAUGUGGGGUCUACAGCUGUCCUGCCGUGUAAACUGCAGACUGAAGUCAAUGGACCACCGUAUAUUAAGUGGAGCAUCGAAUCUGUGACUGUGUUUGAGAGAGUCGGUGAGGAGACCUAUCAGGGUGAGGGAUAUGAGGGGCGUGUGGACGUUCCUGAGGAAGAGCUGCGUAAGGGGAACUGUUCCUUGGUGUUGCGCAAUCUGACACCUACUGAUGCAGCUCUCUACUGGAGCGCCAAGAUAGUGAGUCGCACCAAGGGAUCUGUCGAGACAGAAACAGUAGAGAUCAGCCGUGUUCAUCUCUCAGUCGAAGUACCUGAGUUCACUGUAUCUGGACAUGUGGGGUCUACAGCUGUCCUGCCGUGUGAACUGCAGACUGAAGUCACUGGAAUACCGCAUAUUAUCUGGGAGAUCAAAUCUGAGACUGUGUUUGAGCGACGCGGUGAGGAGACCAAUCAGGGUGAGGGAUAUGAGGGGCGUGUGGACGUUCCUGAGGAAGAGCUGCUUAAGGGGAACUGCACCUUGGUGUUGCGCAAUCUGACACCUACUGAUGCAGCUGUCUACAGGAGCUACAAGGCAGUGAGUGGCACCAAGGGAUCUGUCGAGACAAAAACAGUAGAGAUCAGCCGUGUUAAUCUCUCAGUCGAAGAAAAACAGAAAGAAGAGCGUGAAGCUGAAAAGGAAGUUCCCAGAGGAGUAAGAGUAGGAGUAGCUGGGACUAUUGCAGUGAUUGCAGUGAUUGCAGUGAUUGGUGCUGUGCUGUACUGGUGUAAAAGAAGAAGAAAGCAAAACUGCAGAAACCCUGAUCCUCCACAAACCUACUCGCUGCCUAAUACACAAAUAAAUCCUGCAAACACAAGUCCAGAUGAAGAUCCUAAUGAUCAAGGAGAAGAUCUGCUGAACACAUCACAGGACGAUCAUGGUUCUGUGGUUUUGGAGGAGGGUGCUGUCCGAUACAAUCCAGUCAGGACAGAUCCUGAGUAAUGCAACUUCCAGCAGAACAGUUGGUAAUAACACUAACCCUAGGUUUCCUCUCACCUCCCAAACACAUGCCAUUAGGGGGACUGGCUGUGCUACAUCGACCCUACGUGUGAAUAAGUGUGUGAAUUGUACCCUGUGAAGGACCGGUAUCCCACCGAUGGUUCAGUUCAAUUCAAUUUGUAUAGCGCUUUUUACAAUAGACACUGUCUCAAAGCAGCUUUACAGAAAUAUCAUCACGGUGUACAGAUAUUAAAGGUGUGAAUUUAUCCCAACUGAGCAAGCCACUGAGUGUCGACGGUGGCAAGGAAAAACUCCCUAAGAUGGUAAGAGGAAGAAACCUUGAGAGGAACCCGACUCAGAAGGGAACCCGUCCUCAUCUGGGUAACAACAGAUAGUGUGAAAAAGUUCAUUAUGGAUUUAUAUGAAGUCUGUAUGGCGUUAGGAGCAGCCGUAGUCCCAGCAGUCUGGAAUUAGAGAAGAUUUGAGCUCCAUCCAGAGGCAGAAAGGAUCUGGAUCUCUAGUAUCUCCAUAAAUUCGUGUGGGGCUCGGCGAAAGGAGAGAGGGAGAAAAAAGAUAAUUAUGACUGCGAAGUAGUAGAACAGAAUCUAGUCAGGGUAGGCUUGAGUAAACAAAUACGUUUGAAGCUUAGACUUAAACACUGAGACUGUGUCUGAGUCCCGAACACUAAUAGGAAGACUGUUCCAUAACUGUGGGGCUCUAUAAGAGAAAGCUCUUCCCCCUGCUGUACCCUUCACUAUUCGAGGUACCGUCAAAUCUUUUGAUGCUAUGUUUGGUUUAAUCCAAGUUUCUGUUAAACACAUUAAAUUACAUUCCUGAUCAGUAAUGAUGUCGUUAACAAUAAGAGCCUUAGACGCAAGAGAUCUAAUGUUUAAUAGUCUUAGCUUCAGAUCAAAAGUGCUGUCUGUGCAUUCAGUAUGAUUUAAUUUUCUGUUAAUUAGGUUACAAAGAUAGACUUUCCGAGGUUUUCUAUAUAUUUGUAUAGCUCGGGGAACAGACACAGUCUCUAUAGUAUGUAUUACCGGUGCCGGAUUUAUAAUUUAACAUUGAUUAUACUGAAUGUUGUUAUUAUUGGAAGAUGUACUUACGGUAGGCAGUCACUUGGAGUGUAGCGCCUUGGAGAUGUUGUCUGACAGCAGUUCUGCUCCAAGGCUGCUGGGGUGCAGGCCAUCAGGACGAAACAACCUAGGACGCUCCCAGAACAGAUUCCAGUUAUUGACAAACACCAGAUUCUGCUCAUUACACCAAGAGACUAACCAAUCAUUUAAUGCUAGAAGUCUACUGAACUUUUCUGCUCCACGUCUGUAUGUGGGAAGAAUUCCAGAGACGAUGAUCUUCGCGGUGGGUGAUCUGCCUCGUACUGUCUCAAUCAGGCUGGAGAAGUCCCUCUUCAGAACCUCCGUCUGCCGCAGCCUGGUGUCGUUCGUCCCCGCGUGCAGCACAACCGCUCCAAUGCGCUCGUCCUUCUUCAGGAUCCCGGAUACCUGCGCAGCGACAUCAAGGACACAAGCACCAGAAAAACAGUGUGUGCGCACCUUACCUUUAGGUGAGGCUACACGGACGUUCCGCACAAUGGAGUCCCCGACGAUCACAGCGUUGGGUCUGGUCUGACGGAGAGGGGCGAAGCAGUUCCUGGUUGGAAUCUCGAACACCGGAGGUGGAGAGGGUCCAGCCCGCGCAUUCCGCCGCUGGUUCACCCAAGGUCCGAGGUGUGUUGGUGCCGGCAUGACGGAGACCACGGCUGGGAAAGUCCUAGGUGCACGGUCCCUGCACAGAGAAACACACGGCGUAGAGGGGCUGGGAGUGGAAAUACCACACUGUGUGCUUACCUUGGAUAUGUGGGCAGAGGCACAAGAUGUUUCCAGUGCAGUUUGUCGCUACAGCAGCUGGGCCUGCUUGUCGAGUAGGCUGCGGAUCUGCUUCUCCACAUCCUCCAGUUCCAGCCGCACCAUGUGAAGCUCGAGCGAGUCCUCAUCUUCACUCAAAACCGCAGAGACAGCAGACAUAUUUGUUUUUUAAACAGAACAGCGGUAAAUGAGAAAUGUGAAACGUAAACAAGGCUAGCGAUAGGUGAUGCUAGCGGGCUACGGGCUACAAGCUAGUCGCGGAUGUUUGUAAAAAACAGAUCAAAUUUAGCGACAGCGCAACGUUACGAUUGUUUUGUCUAAAGUAGUGUCAGUUAUAUUUGUAUAAUGUAAGGUAUAUAAUUUUAAAGUAUAGAUGGUGGAGAACACGUGAAGGUCCGGUACGAAGCUGCUGUGUACGAAGCUGCUGUCAACGGUGGGGUCUGCUAACUCUCAAGUCAGUGGCAGACAGGAUGAGAAGAUGUGAAGAUCCAUACCCUGGGUGUACGUGCUAGCCUAACCACUCCCCAAAGGGUGGCUCUCUACAGUACGUAAAGUGCUUGAGCUGAAGAGAAACAGCAUACAGAGAGAUACUGCAUACAGAGACUGUCAAGUUGUAUUGUUAUAAAAUGUUGGGAUGAUAUUAAUAUGUUAGGUUAGUGUACACCACAAAUUUUUAGACUAAAAGAAUUCCUUUCUCAAUAUCUUUCUGUUAAAUGAAAAUCAGGAAGGGAUAAGAAUGUAUCUUCGCCAAUUGGGUUUGUAUUUUUAAAGUCAACAGACUAGAACUAUUUUACAGGUUAACUAUACAUGAGAGUGGAAAACCCCUUUAUGAGAGGUGUUAUUCGUGUGAUUAGAGCAGUAGAGAUUAGAAUGUUGCAUCUGCCUUGGGGAUGGAUCAUGAGCUAGGUUGCGUAUAUUAUCCUGAUUCCCAGGGCAUGGUGGAUCCAGGGUACAGUACCCUAACUAAUGAACUGGCAAAAAUAUGCGAGAGCUCUCGCCUAAACUGGGUCCAAGCCUUACCACUGGCAUUGAUGAAGAUGCGAUCACAGACCAAUCGUAUAACGCACUUGACUCCUCAUGAAAUGCUUACUGGGCGCCCAAUACCUAUGGCGCACACCCAAGGUCCAUACACAGGGCCGUCUGUGGCCCAAUUGGAGGGCGAAAUGCAGGAUUAUAUGAAAAUCCUCACCCAAAUCCACAGACAGUUGUAUUCACAGGUUAGAAAGGCAAUGCACGGUGGGAACGAGGUACGGGAGGAUGUACGUCAAGUGGCACCCGGGGAUCAAGUAUACAUUCAUACUUUCAAGAGGAAGAGCCCCCUGAAAGUUGUGGGAAGAGAUCAUUGGCAUCACUUGAACCAAUGCGUCCGUGCCGGAGCAGGUACGGGACAGCGAGGACCGGCAACCCCAGGCACUGCCAAUACAGGGCAGAUCACGGAGACGGAGGUGGUAACCGACAGCGACAGUGAUUCGGAUGCAUCAUCUAUUGGUCCGGCCGACGGCACUCAAGCCUAGGCUAAGUGGCGGGCUGCGGAAAUGCUAGAUAGACCGGCCCAGUCUGAUGCCCAGUCGCUGCAGGUCCUUGAAGCACAGUUAAGCGUGCCUCCUGAGCUUCAGUCUCCGCAGGGAUCUUUACACACUCCCCUCCCACCGGUUCCGGAGAGCACUGGUGUAGCCGAGUAGUUAGGGGUUAGGGUACCUUUUACCACAGGGCUAAUAGCAUACCUUUAGCAUACCUGUUCUUUUUCUAUGACCCGAUGGUGAUGUUCAGAAGGACUAAUCAUACUUUCAUUGUAUAAUGUACUAAUCAUAACCCUGACUGCAGUUCCAUAUAUAGAUUGUGACUGGUCAAAAGCAUGCGUGCUCCAAAGCAUUCUUAUAAUGUUAGUUUGAAUUCUGUGUGAUUCCCUGUCUGUAAACUGAAUGAAAGUGUUUUAAGUUCCAUGAUGACGUUUUGUGUAAAACACCGAGCACGCGGGAGACGGAGAGAGCGCGUGCGAGAGAUUUCUUUUUCUUCCCCUUUUUCCAAUCCUUUAGUUCUCUCACACUCUACAUUAAAGUCAAGGUGAUUCAAUAUAUAUAUAUGAGCGUAAGCAUAUUCCUGUAAAAAUUAAAAUCAAUCAGUAUUUUUCUGAUGUAUUGUGUUUUGUGCCACAUAGUUUCUUCUGCUGUUUCUUCUAUCGACAUCUUUGCCUGUCUAAUGAUAAAAUUGAUCAGCUGACAUGUGAAUCUGUUUUGAGUGAUGUACUUAGCAAAUUAAUAAAAAAAACCCUGAAAAGUGAAACAGACUCGAGGUUACAUUCUAUGGCUGAGGUCACAUCCUCCCUGUUGAGAUAAUGUUGAGCCUAAACAUUUGGUUUUUAGAGAGCGCUGUACCUUCAUGAACUGACUCGCUAACAAGAGCUGGAGUAACCAUAACUACUUCAUGUAUCUGUGAUUCCUAUACGCGUACGUGUCUAUACAUUGUUAAGCAGUGUAAGUGUGAAUUCUUCUGGCGUGUGGUAUUCAUGUUGCAUAAUGAUGAAUAAUUUCUGCAUGUUUUCUCUGUGUAUAUGUCCAGUGAUGAGUAAUUAGUAAGAUCAGAUGGCAGUAGUAGUCUGCACAUUCUGAACUCUCUGUAAGGUGUUGUACGCCUGUAACAGAUGUGAUAUCUGAGUUCGUAACAUUAGAAUCAGGUGAUGAUUACUUAAUGUGGAAUUCGGGUUUUGCAGGGAGUACGAGUUUCCUCACCCUUGUGUAGGCAUUUUUAUUACUUUCUUUUUGUUGCUCUAUAUUGUUCCUUUUCCACACAAGCUCAGCCUAAAGAGGUCGUCUUUUACGGUAUACCAUAUGGCCAUGCGAUUGAAAGAACCUCCACACCUGAGUGUGUUUCCUAGAUGGGAAUCAGCCGUGAUCGAUCUAUUUGCAUAAUUUCAUUCAGCUGUUUCUCAGUAGCAAUGGAAUAAAAUACAGGGGAUAUAUACAGUAUCUCACUAAAGUGAGUACACCCCUCACAUUGUUGUAAAUAUUUGAUGAUAUCUUUUCAUGUGAUGACACUGAAGAAAUGACACUGUGCUACAGUGUAAAGUAGUGAGUGUACAGCUUGUGUAACAGUGUAAAUUUGCUGUCCCCUCAAAAUAACUCAACACACAGCCAUUAAUGUCUAAACCGCUGGCAACAAAAGUGAGUACACCCCUAAGUGAAAAUGUCCAAAUUGCGCCCAAAGUGUCAAUAUUUUGUGUGGCCACCAUUAUUUUCCAUACUGUAUGUGUUUCAAUUCACAAUAUGAACAUCUGCUCAGUUUGACUUUAGCCUGUAAGUUAUGUUGAGAACAUGAUGCUAUCUGUUCUAACGUACAGUGUGAAAGCAUGUGUAAAUCUGGCAGUAAAAAUCCAUCGUGUUGGUCUCGGGUGAACUUGUGUGUCAGAGAAGUUCAAGCGUUUUAGAUUUGUGUUACCUGUGUGCAUUUGGUGUCAAAGCAUCGAGAAAUGUGUUAAUUGUAUAGACUCUAUAGGUAGGUGUUGUGCUACCUGUGUUAAGAGUUGAGGAAAAUUGUUAAAAGUAUUGAAAAAAUUGUCAUAGCAGUCGUAAAAAAAAACGUAAUGCGCUGGUUCUAAUACGUUAUCGUUUCUCUAGAAACGGCUCACUCACAGGGACUUGUACAGCGGAAGCUCCACAUAAACGAAUUAAAAAACGUGUGUAAUCGUUGAUGUGGUGCAGUUUUCUGUAAGGAGAUGUUUAUGUAACACGUAUGGAAGGAGUCUCCAGUGUCAGCGCUGUGUAACAGUCAGAGGUGAAGCUGUAACUAAGUUUUCCCACAUCUUCAGGACAGAGGAGUUUACGCUUCUUUGCAGAGAAGUGUUAAGGUGGAUAUGAGAUUAUAAUCAGGUCUGAUAUUAAAGCCGCGUGGUGUUGUAAUCAUCCUCCUGCUCACAUUAAACUCACUGUGAAAUGGUGGAGUCAGGAGAUGGGCUCAGUGUGAGAACAACAAAGUCCCACAUUCACAAUAUUAAUUCAACACACACACACGCAUAUGCACACACACACACACACACACACUCAAACAAUGCAGGCUUUCUCUGGAGCUCAGAUUUCCAGCAGCUGAGGAGAAUUUGCACAGAUUCAGUGGUGAAAGAGAGAUUCUCAGGAGCAAAACAGUAGAGCAUCAGGAGAGAAGGAUCAACAGAGUAGUAACGAUAAGUUAAAGAAGAGAAGAGUUCUCCCGAAGGUUGAAGAGACGGCGUUAAGGUCAUCAUGUCCAGCUCCACAGCACUGCUCUCCUUCGUCCUUCUGAGUCUUCUGCCUUCCACAGAUUGUGUGAUCCGGGAAAAGGAAGCCUGAAGGUGCGGAAAAAGUGUGUAUUGUCGGGCCAUUAUUGAUAAAUGACUGCCACAGGGCCUACACAGAUGAUGUCCCCAACUCAGGACGGGGAAAGCAGCCGGCUGCGGCAUCCACAGGAAAACAAUGGAGCCCGUAUAGUGAGGAUACAAAACUCCGCAGGAGUGAACGAAAUAUCGACCUGGAUAAAACGGGGGGCGCAAAAAGAGGCGCGUACUGGGAUAUGGCGCAGUGUAGAAGGGUUGUGUAUAGCCCCAGUCAGCAUCCUCCCAUGCUUGAUCAAAGAAGCCCAUGGCGUGGAUCACACCAAUAAGGCCGAAAUUAUCCGGAAAAUCCAUCAGGAAUGGUGGUCCCCUCAGCUGGCCUCUCAGGUGGACCAAGUGUUAGACUCAUGUGAUGUGUGCAUCAAGUUCAACGUACGAAAGAACCUUACCACCCCCUUAGGACAUAUUCGCCCGCCAACGGGACCGUUUCGGCAUAUAAUGAUGGAUCAUGUAGACAUGGGAGCAGCCAACCAGGUAGAAGGGAAACGCUACAUUCUGGUGAUAGUAGACCGCUUCAGCAGGUGGGUGGAGGCGACUGCGACUUCUGAGGAGGACACGGAGUCCGCGGCUACAUUUUUAUGUUGCGAGGUCAUACCUCGAUUCGGUAUCCCUAAUUUUUUGAGUUCGAACAACGGCAUCCACUUCGUUAAUAACGUCCUCAAGAAUGUUGCAUCUGCCUUGGGGAUGGAUCAUGAGCUAGGUUGCGUAUAUUAUCCUGAUUCCCAGGGCAUGGUGGAUCCAGGGUACAGUACCCUAACUAAUGAACUGGCAAAAAUAUGCGAGAGCUCUCGCCUAAACUGGGUCAAAGCCUUACCACUGGCAUUGAUGAAGAUGCGAUCACAGACCAAUCAUAUAACGCACUUGACUCCUCAUGAAAUGCUUACUGGGCGCCCAAUACCUAUGGCGCACACCCAAGGUCCAUACACAGGGCCGUCUGUGGCCCAAUUGGAGGGCGAAAUGCAGGAUUAUAUGAAAAUCCUCACCCAAAUCCACAGACAGUUGUAUUCACAGGUUAGAAAGGCAAUGCACGGUGGGAACGAGGUACGGGAGGAUGUACGUCAAGUGGCACCCGGGGAUCAAGUAUACAUUCAUACUUUCAAGAGGAAGAGCCCCCUGAAAGUUGUGGGAAGAGAUCAUUGCCAUCACUUGAACCAAUGCGUCCGUGCCGGAGCAGGCACGGGACAGCGAGGACCGGCAACCCCAGGCCCUGCCAAUACAGGGCAGAUCACGGAGACGGAGGUGGUAACCGACAGCGACAGUGAUUCGGAUGCAUCAUCUAUUGGUCCGGCCGACGGCACUCAAGCCUAGGCAAAGUGGCGGGCUGCGGAAAUGCUAGAUAGACCGGCCCAGUCUGAUGCCCAGUCACUGCAGGCCCUUGAAGCACAGUUAAGCGUGCCUCCUGAGCUUCAGUCUCCGCAGGGAUCUUUACACACUCCCCUCCCACCGGUUCCGGAGAGCACUGGUGUAGCCGAGUAGUUAGGGGUUAGGGUACCUUUUACCACGGGGCUAAUAGCAUACCUUUAGCAUACCUGUUCUUUUUCUAUGACCCGAUGGUGAUGUUCAGAAGGACUAAUCAUACCUUCAUUGUAUAAUGUACUAAUCAUAACCCUGACUGCAGUUCCAUAUAUAGAUUGUGACUGGUCAAAAGCAUGCGUGCUCCAAAGCAUUCUUAUAAUGUUAGUUUGAAUUCUGUGUGAUUCCCUGUCUGUAAACUGAAUGAAAGUGUUUUAAGUUCCAUGAUGACAUUUUGUGUAAAACACCGAGCACGCGGGAGAGGGAGAGAGCGCGUGCGAGAGAUUUCUUUUUCUUCCCUUUUUUCCAAUCCUUUAGUUCUCUCACACUCUACAUUAAAGUCAAGGUGAUUCAAUAUAUAUAUAUGAGCGUAAACAUAUUCCUGUAAAAAUUAAAAUCAAUCAGUAUUUUUCUGAUGUAUUGUGUUUUGUGCCACAUAGUUUCUUCUGCUGUUUCUUCUAUCGACAUCUUUGCCUGUCUAAUGAUAAAUUUGAUCAGCUGACAUGUGAAUCUGUUUUGAGUGAUGUACUUAGCAAAUUAAUAAAAAAAACCCUGAAAACUGAAA